AUGGACUCCGCUGCUGUACCGGGACAAACGCCCGUUACGCAGGCUGGUGACUCGUCGAGUCAGUCCAAGGACUCUGCUGAUGUGUACGACGAGCUCUCCAACAGCGUUGGCCUGCUAUCACUUAAUGCAGCCGCCGAACCAUACUUCUUGGGCAGUACAUCUGGGUUCUCUUUGGCACGGAUGGUACACGCCAUUCUAUCUUCAUCAUUCUCUGCCGCAAGCACCGAGCAACUCGAUGUCUCGCCCCGUCAUCCUCAGUCGCUCUUCCAGCUUGGAAACGACUGGGCGGCAGUGGAACAGGCGGGCGCUCAGCUGUCAUUUCCACCCAAGCAUAUAUCUGAGCAGCUGGUGGCCAUGUACAUCAAUCGUAUUCACUCAAGGUAUCCAGUCCUCGACAAAAUGGCUUUGUUGCAGACAUGCGAACGUCGAGAAGAGUUGGAUCCUAGUAUUCCAAGUGAUUGUAUGAAGUUAUUUGCGCAUCAUAUGGUUAUCGCCAUCGGAGCUAGGAAUUUUGAGUUGAUCUCCAGUCCCCUGGCGGACGUUGUUCCAGAAGCGCAUUAUGCUGCUGCUCUGCGCUAUCUUGAUGCUCCUUUACAGGUUCAUGGUCUCGAGAGUGUGCAGGCCUUACUUCUACUGGCAAUCUUUUCGGUGCGGACGUCGGGGUCUUCAGGUACACUUGGAGGGUGGCAUGUGCUUGGUCUAGCCAUGAGGAUGGCAGUUGAACUUGGUCUCCACCGAAAGAGCAAACCACGCGACAGGCGCUUCGAUCCCUAUCAGAGGGAGCUUCGCAAACGCGUAUUUUGGACCGCGUAUAUCUUGGAUCGAACGUUGUGUAUCACCCUUGGGCGACCCUUUGCCGUGGCCGAGCAUGAAAUUGAUGUUGAGCUCCCGAUUGACAUUCCCGACACUAUUAAGGAUCCGAGCACGAUACUCGCUCUGGAACGCUCCCCACCCCCCGUUCCUAAUCCACAUCCAACCAGCCUAUCUUCCUUCAUUCAUAUGAUACGACUCUGCCGCAUAGAAUCACGCAUUCAACGAUUCAUAUACGGGACUGACGCUUCCUGGGCCUCAAAUCCCGAUGAUCCGAUCUUUGACGUCUUGCUCCAAGAACUUGCCGAAUGGAAGGCGACUAUACCAUUCCCCAGGGAGAUCAGUCAGCUCAGCACGGGUCACGAUAUCGACCGUCGCCUGUACGAGAGCCAGGAGUUCUUCGAGGUUUUUUACGCCAAAGCCGUGCAACUUCUGCUUCGGCCACGUAUUUCUGCAUUGACCAAAUCAGGAACACUACAAGCCCCCGACUCGAGCCCACGACCCGGCUCAUCACACGUCCAGGUAGCAGACUCUCGCGCUCCUUCCCAGGACCGCUAUCUUGCACUUUGUGCCCGCGCGGCUGGCGACGUGUGCCAAUACUACAAACGCUUACACCAGUACACCAGCGUGGGAUAUAGCCUCCUGUCGUUAAACAGUGUCUUUACAGCGGGCAUGAUGCUACUCUACUGUAUGUGGGCUACCUUAGGGAGAGCCUUCUCAUCCACGGCCGUGUACCAUCCCAACUGGAGCAAUGACAUCCGCGCGUGCUCUUCGGUUCUCUUUGUCAUUGCUGAGCGUUCGCCACCAGCGAAAAGGUACCGUGACGCAUUCGAAGUCUUGGCUAGCAGGAUGAUUGAUAUGAUGUCUCAUUCUCAUGGUCAUGACUCGGGAUAUGCUGCCGGUGAGGACGACCCGAAUCUUGCAUUCAAUCCUGCUUUGGCGCUGGCCGGGGACGAACAGGGUUCCUCCAUGGGUGCAGGGCAACCCAUUUAUGCGCCGGACGGAGGGGCACAACUUCUGGCAACUAUCAAUAAUAUCCUGGGGACGCCCGGGGGCACCUCGAGCAAUUCCAUGAGUGGAGAGACGCUGGCUCCAAGUGCAGUUUUGGACGAACAGGUCUGGGAUAUGAUGUACGACUUUCUGGGCGAUGAUAUUGGGGAUGAUGGAACCAUGAAGGGCAGCACCAGCAACUAA